AUGUCUUCACUCUCGUCUUUUAACAAAGUUUUCUUUUUUCACUUUCACGUUUGUCUCUUCUUUCUUUCUUUCUUUCUUUCUUUCUUUCUUUCUUUCUUUCUGACCAUAUUUUCUCUUUUCUAUUUCGUGUUUCUUUCUUUCUUUCUUUCUUUCUUUCUUUCUGACCAUAUUUUCUCUUUUCUAUUUCGUGUUUCUUUCUUUCUUUCUUUCUUUCUGACCAUAUUUUCUCUUUUCUAUUUCGUCUUUUUUUUCUAUUUCACGUUUCUUUCUUUCUUUCUUUCUUUCUUUCUUUCUUUCUUUUUCACGUAUGUCCUUUUUUCUUUCUUUCUCUCUUUCUUUCUAACCAAGUUUUCCACUUUUCUCUUUCCCCUUUGUCCUCUCUUUCUUUAUUUUCAUAUCUAUCUAUCUAUCUAUCUAUCUAUCUAUCUAUCUAUCUAUCUAUCUAUGCUUUCUUCCUCUUUUUCUUUCUUUCUACUUCUUUUAUUAUUUCCUAUCUGUCUCCCCCUCUCUCUAUGUAUCUGUUUCCUUCUUUCUCUUUAUAUUUUCCCCCCCACAUGCACUCCCUCAUUCAUAUUACACCCGCUCUCUCUCUCUCUCUCUCUACAUCACGCUCUCUCCCUUUCUGCGUGUAUAUGUGUGUAA